CUCACCGAUGCGAUGGAGGGGAUGUGUACAUGCAAGUGAUUAAUGCCAGCCAAUCAUAUCAAAGCAGAAACUGAUCCGUACCGCAGUGUUAAAUGUCAACUGCAGGAUGGCGCCAGAAUCGAAAAGCUUUGUUUACGUCCAAAGGUUCCCGUAAUCGUUUUUGUUUCCGCAGUUUGAUUGUGGUUUUUGAGGUAUUUGCUUUAACUGUGUCUGCGCGAUUAAGAUCAUUAUAAAACCGCAACGAGGGUGUGAUGGAGAACAGAAGAGCAAGACUUUACGGAAAGACGUUAUCAACUAUAUCAGAAAAAAUAUUUCCUGGUUUGUCUACAUGUUCCGCCCAAACAUUAAACAGCCUGGAGGGAGUAGGAACAGAAGCACUUUCCAGCCUUCCUCUACAGAUGGCGUUGUACUUCAGUGUGAUCUUCUUCCCAGUUUGGCUUUCUUCUAUGACAGUUAUGUUUCAUUUCAAGUAUGGGUGCCUUACUGUUUUAUAUCGGUUCCUCGUUUCUACAGUUCUUCUGACAGCGGCGGUUAAUGAAUGUCUUAGACUGUACCUUGGGUACAUUGGUAACCUAUCAGACAAGGUACCUGAACUGGCUGGAUUCUGGUUGCUGUCACUGGUUCCACAGCUUCCUCUCCAGCUGUUUUUGUUGCUUAAUCAGAACAUUAUGCUACAACCACUGGAGCAAAUAGUCCAGUCAUUUUCUGUACUUUUAUUAAUUAUUCAGUUACUGACUGGCUUUUUUGCACUACGCCAUUCUUCAAAGAUCCAUGCUGAGCAGUCUCGUUUGCGUGUACUACUUUCUACACAGCAGAAGGAUGAUUAAUAAAGAAUUACUCUUACUCAACAUUACAGAAGGACUCAUUAUUUCACAGAUGUAUUCACAGGGCUGCCCCAAGUUCUGGAAAUCAGGGAAUUUCAAAAGUGUCAGGGAAAUUUGGAAAAAAAAAAAAAAAAAACUGGAAAAAUCUCGUUUUUCUCUCAGUAGAGGAAAUGGUUUGUUCACUGAUUUGUCAUACAUCAUCGCUGGCUGGGCACGGUUAAGUACGUGGGCCGCUUCCCCACUCCUUCAUUAUUCCUGCUUCUCCCCUUUCUGCCACUCCCCUCAGCUUGCAGUCAGUGCUGCUGAUGAGAGGCAGGGAGAUGUGAGGAGUGGUUUGUUUGGAGCUGAUUCUGAGACUAUUGACACAGCGGCUGGAGACAGCAGUCAUGCAUUAGUUGUGUAUGAAUGAUUAUGUGAAUAUGUGUGUGUGUGUGUGUGUGUGUGUGUGUGUGUGUGUGUGUGUGUGUGUGUGUGCUCUUGUUUUGUGACAAAGGCUAUGGCCAAAAAUUUAAUUGUGAGAGUGUGAUUGUCUUCUAUAUGUGCCUGUCAGUGGCUGAGCAAUCAUAUGAAAAAUUCAGUGGAGAGAAGUCCCAAGACACCUACAAUAUCGUUACAGGUGAUGAAACGUGGGUCUAACAUUAUGACCCUGAAACGAAGAGACAGUCUUCUGUGUGGUGCUUUCCAGGGGAGGAACCACCCACAAAAGUUCGACGAAGUCGGAGCUCUGGAAAAAAGAUGGUGGCAACUUUUUUCACAAAGAUCGGGCAUCUCACCUCUGUGACCUUGGACAUGCGUCGUACAGUCAAUGCUGAAUGGUAUGUGAAUGAUUGUCUUCCAAAAGUCAUCGCCACAUGGAAGUCACAGCAUCUAAAGUCUAAGAGUGGGCACCUUCUGCUGCAUCACGACAAUGCAUCUGCACACAGGGGUGCCAGAACAAUGGACUUUCUGGCGAAGGAAAAAGUGCGAGUGUUACCCCAUCCCCCCUAUUCACCUGACCUGACCCCCUGUGACUUCUUUCUGUUCUCUAAGACUAAGGAAAAAAUUCGAGGGCAGCGGUUUUCAUCAAAUGAAGAGGCCAUAGCAGCGUACGAGAGUGCACUAAGUGACAUCCCAAAAGAAGCUUGGACUGACACAUUUUCUAAGUGGUUUCAGAGAAUGGAAAAAUGUAUACAUGCUAAUGGAGAGUAUUUUGAAAAGUUGUAAACAUUUUUUUGCAAAUAAA